UCACUCCGGUUUCAGGUUCAACCGGUCCGGUUUCUACCACUAUGCCUGAAAUACAGAGACCCUCCCCACCGUCCCACGAGUUUAUUUUCCAUGUUUCAUUUCAUCCAUUCUUAUAAUAUUUGGAGUUUUGAGGUCAAACUUAUCAUUUGCAUUCUCAUAACAAAAUAUACUGAUUUCAUUUUUCAACUCAACUCAAGUUUAGGUUUCUACCCUUACAAUGGCAUCUUCUUCUUCUUCAACCACAUUCUGCAACCUCAAGUUCCACCUCAAAAUACCAAUCAAUAAUAACAAAACUUUCUCUCUUCCUCGUGUUCUUCGCAUGAAGCAGCAGGAGGAGGAGAACAACAACGCUACCCAUCAAAUCAAUCGAAGACAGCUCAUUUUGAGAAGCAGCGAGUUAGCUACCAUUGGCGCCAUCUUCAAUUUAAGUGGGAAAAAGCCUGAAUAUCUUGGAGUUCAGAAAAGUUCAUCAGCAUUGGCUCUAUGUCCAGCAACUAAGAAUUGUGUGUCAACCUCUGAGAAUGUCAGUGAUCUCAUUCAUUAUGCUCCUCCUUGGAACUAUAACCCUGAAGGCAGGAAAAGUCCUGUGAGCAGAGAAGAGGCAAUGGAGGAACUAAUAGAAGUGAUAGAAUCAACAAGACCGGACAAAUUUACACCAAGAAUAGUCGAAAGGAAAGAAGACUAUGUUCGAGUGGAGUAUCAAAGCUCAAUCUUAGGGUUUGUAGACGACGUUGAGUUUUGGUUCCCACCGGGCAAAGGUUCGGUCGUAGAGUAUCGAUCUGCAUCAAGGUUGGGAAACUUUGAUUUUGAUGUUAAUAGAAAAAGAAUCAAGGCACUUAGACAAGAGUUGGAGAAGAAAGGAUGGGCAUCUCAAGAUACUAUAUGAGAAAACUUAUGAAGAUUCAUAUGCAUUUAAUCAACUAUAACAAAUUGAAAUAUUGUUGCUAAUGCUUUGUAACCUGCAAUUAUUUUUAAUUGAACUACAAAGCUUACACAAUCAAUGUAAGAAAAUCUCAGAUUAUUAGAAAUGUUGAAAUCAUUGAUAACAAUAUUUUAGCUCUUUAAGGAAGGAAUAAUAUAAUGAUAUUUUUUCAUUGA